AUGGCCGCCGUCAGGGUCGCGCCCCCAGCCUCUGCGCGCAUCUUUGGCGUAGAGGAUGAGGGCUACAUGUGCCUUGAACUCGAAGAUGGCUCGGCUUUCCAGGGCUACAGCUUUGGGGCUCCCAAAUCUAUCGCCGGAGAGCUUGUCUUCGCGACUGGCAUGGUGGGGUAUACCGAGGGUAUUACCGACCCGUCCUACCGUGGCCAGAUUCUGGUCAUCACUUUUCCCGAGGUCGGAAACUAUGGUGUUCCUUCUCGGGAAGCCGUCGACGAGCUCUUCGCCGACCUCCCGGCUUACAUCGAGUCUGCCCGCAUCCACAUUGCCGGCCUCGUGACCGCCUCAUACUCUGGCGAGGACUACUCGCAUUUCUUGGCCGAGUCUUCGCUUGGCUCCUGGCUCAAGCAGGAAGGCAUUCCCGCCAUCUAUGGUGUUGAUACCAGGUCUCUCACCAAGAGGAUCCGUACUCAGGGCGCCCUCCUUGGCAGGCUUCGCUUCCAGAACACCGCCUUGGUGAACGGCACUGCGAGCAGCGGCCGUAUUGAAGCCCUCUCCCUCGACAGUUUCGAGGAGGUUGAGUGGUCGAGGCCCUACGAGACGAAUAUUGUGGCCGAAGUUUCGAUCAAGGCCCCUAAAUUGUACAAGCCUGACCCCAGCGCCGCCCGCAAACACCCUUCCGGGCGCACGCUCCGGGUUUUGUGCCUCGAUGUCGGUAUGAAAUAUAACCAACUACGGUGCCUCGUCAGGCGCGGUGUCGAGGUUUUGGUCUGCCCGUGGGAUCACGACAUUGCCCAGGAAGCUGCCAAUGGCUUCGACGGCCUCUUUAUCUCCAAUGGCCCCGGUAACCCGGCUCUCCUCGACGCUACCGUAAAGAGGGUAGCAAAGGUCAUGGAAGAAAAUAGGGUUCCUAUUUUCGGUAUCUGCCUCGGCCACCAGCUUCUUGCCCGAGCCAGCGGCGCCGAAACUACCAAGAUGAAGUUUGGUAACCGCGGUGCCAAUAUCCCAUGCACCAACAUGAUCACGGGCCGGUGCUACAUCACAUCCCAGAACCACGGCUAUGCCGUUGACGCCACUAGUCUCCCCGAGACCUGGAAAGAAUUGUUCAUCAACGCGAACGACGGAAGCAACGAAGGCAUCAUGUGCACCGACCGUCCCUACUUCAGUGUCCAGUUCCACCCCGAGAGCACGCCCGGACCCCGUGAUACAGAAUACCUCUUCAAUGUCUUCCUUGACACCGUUAGCCAGUGCGCUGAAGAUCCCACCAACCUCAAGAAGCCCGUUAGCUUUGCCGAGGAGGCCGAGACUGAGAACUUUUGGCCGGAAACCCUCCCAAGAGGAACCCGCGCCCAGGCCAUCAAGGCCCUCAAGGAAGAAGGCAUCUACACCGUCCUGAUCAACCCCAAUAUCGCGACCAUUCAGACAUCCAAGGGUCUUGCCGAUAAGGUUUACUUCCUGCCCGUCAACGCUGAAUUCGUUCGCAAGGUCAUUCUCUACGAGCGACCUGAUGCCAUCUAUGUUACAUUCGGUGGCCAGACUGCCCUGUCCGUCGGCAUCCAGCUCAAGGAUGAGUUCGAGCAGUUAGGUGUCAAGGUUCUCGGAACUCCCAUUGAUACUAUUAUCACUACCGAGGAUCGAGAGCUUUUCGCCAGGAGCAUGGACUCCAUCGGCGAGAAACAUUGGCUUCCCGUCAUUGUUCGUGCUGCGUACGCUCUCGGUGGCUUGGGCAGUGGCUUCGCCAAUAACGAGGAAGAGCUUCUCGACCUCUGCAACAAGGCGCUCGCCGCUAGUCCCCAGGUGCUCAUUGAGCGCAGCAUGAAGGGCUGGAAGGAGAUCGAGUACGAAGUUGUCCGAGAUGCCGAGGACAACUGCAUCACAGUGUGUAACAUGGAGAACUUCGACCCCUUGGGCAUCCACACCGGUGAUUCCAUCGUUGUCGCGCCUUCCCAGACUCUCUCCGACGAGGAUUACAACAUGCUGCGAACGACUGCUGUCAAUGUCAUUCGCCACCUUGGCGUGGUGGGAGAGUGCAAUAUCCAGUAUGCUCUCAACCCCGACUCUCGGGAGUACUGCAUCAUCGAGGUCAAUGCCCGAUUGUCCAGAUCCUCGGCCUUGGCUUCCAAGGCUACUGGAUACCCCUUGGCCUUCAUUGCUGCCAAGCUUGGUCUCGGAAUUCCCUUGAAGGAAAUCUCCAACUCAGUCACCAAGUCCACUUGCGCCUGUUUUGAGCCCUCCCUUGAUUACGUUGUCGUUAAGAUGCCGCGCUGGGAUCUGAAGAAGUUCACUCGAGUCUCGACCCAGCUUGGAUCAUCCAUGAAGAGUGUCGGCGAGGUCAUGAGCAUCGGCAGGACCUUUGAAGAGGCUAUCCAGAAAGCCAUUCGCUCCAUCGAUUUCCACAACUUGGGUUUCGGAAGCACCAAGGCCCUCAUUUCCAUUGACGACGAACUUCAAACCCCCUCGGACCAGCGUCUAUUUGCCAUUGCCAACGCCAUGUAUGCGGGCUAUUCCGUCGAAAAGAUCUGGAGCUUGACCCGCAUCGACAAAUGGUUCCUCCACAAGCUCAAGCGUCUGUCCGAUUUCGAAAAGGUGAUGGAGAAGCAGACCACUAGCGACAUUGUCAAGACCCCCGGUGUUCUGCUGCAGGCCAAGAGGCUCGGUUUCAGCGACAGGCAGCUUGCCAAGUUCUGGAACUCCAACGAAAUUGCUGUCCGCAGGCUUCGACAGGAGGCCGGCAUCGCGCCCUAUGUGAAGCAAAUCGACACCGUGGCUGCCGAAUUCCCCGCUUUCACAAACUACCUCUACCUUACCUACAACGGCUCGGACCACGAUGUGGACUUUGAUGACCAAGGCGUCAUGGUUCUCGGUUCCGGAGUGUACCGUAUCGGCUCUUCCGUCGAGUUCGACUGGUGCUCUGUCCGCGCCAUCCGCACCCUUCGCAGCAUGGGCUAUAAGACGGUCAUGGUUAACUAUAAUCCCGAAACUGUCAGCACGGAUUACGAUGAGGCCGAUAAGCUAUACUUUGAAAACAUCAACCUGGAAACCGUUCUCGACAUCUAUCAGCUCGAGAAUUCUAGCGGAGUCCUUGGUGCCAUGGGUGGCCAGACCCCCAACAACAUCGCUCUGCCCCUCUCCCGUGCCGGAGUUCGUGUGCUUGGCACCUCGCCCGAGAUGAUUGAUUCGGCCGAAAACCGAUACAAGUUCUCGCGCAUGCUUGACCGCAUUGGUGUGGACCAGCCCACGUGGAAGGAGUUGACAAGCUUCGAGGAGGCCAAGUCUUUCUGCCAAAAGGUUAGCUACCCCGUGCUGGUGCGUCCGUCGUAUGUUUUGUCUGGUGCUGCGAUGAACACGGUCUACUCGGAAACCGAUCUGGAGAACUAUCUCGCUCAGGCGGCCGAGGUGUCUCGGGAGCACCCCGUCGUCAUCACCAAGUACAUUGAGAAUGCCAAGGAAAUCGAGAUGGAUGCUGUUGCCAAGGACGGAAAGGUCGUUUGCAAGUACAUCUCGGAGCACGUUGAGAAUGCCGGUGUGCACUCUGGCGACGCCACCUUGAUCCUCCCUCCCCAGGACCUCGAACAAACCACGAUCAACCGCAUCGUCGAGGCGACGGAAAAGAUUGGCGAGAACCUCAAUGUCACUGGUCCGUUCAACAUUCAAUUCAUUGCCAAGGACAACGACAUCAAGGUCAUUGAAUGCAACGUGCGCGCCUCGCGAUCCUUCCCCUUCGUCUCCAAGGUUAUGGGAGUUGACCUCAUCGAGAUCGCUACCAAGGCCAUCAUGGGCCAGCCUUUCGUCGAGAACCCGCCAAGCGACCUGCCUCCUGACUGCGUUGGCGUCAAGGUACCGCAGUUCAGUUUCUCGCGUCUCUCCGGCGCGGACCCUGUGCUCGGCGUUGAGAUGGCGUCCACUGGUGAAGUGGCGUGCUUCGGCGUAGACAAGUACGAGGCGUACUUGAAGGCAUUGAUGUCGACGGGCUUCAAGAUCCCCAAGGAGAAUAUCUUGCUGUCGAUUGGAUCGUACAAGGAUAAGAAGGAAAUGCUUCCUUCGGUUCAGAAGCUCCAGCGCCUCGGAUACAAGCUUUUCGCCACUGCUGGUACCGCGGAUUUCCUCCAGGAGCACGGUGUUCCGGUUCAAUACCUCGAGGUGCUGGGCAAGAGCCAGGAUGCGCAAAAGUCGGAGUUCUCGCUGACGCAGCACCUUGCGAACAACAUGAUUGACCUCUACAUCAACCUGCCGUCAAGCAAUCGUUACCGCCGGCCGGCCAGCUACAUGAGCAAGGGAUACCAGACGCGACGAAUGGCCGUGGACUACCAGAUCCCCCUGGUGACCAAUGUCAAGAACGCCAAGAUCCUUAUCGAGGCCAUUGCGCGCCAUUUUGAUCUCGAGGUCUGCAAGCGGGACUUCCAGACCAGCCACAGGACGGUCGUUUUGCCCGGACUGGUCAACGUUGCGGCGUUCGUCCCCGGUGUCGUGUCUCCUAACAACGACGACCUCCAACAGAUCACCAAGGCUUCGGCGCUUGCCGGCUUCAGCAUGCUCCGCGUCGCGCAGCAAAAUACCAAGGCCGGAGCGUACUGCGACUUCAACUUUUCGGUUGCAGCCACGAGCAACAACGCGGACCAGAUCAGCCAAGUGACUGGGGAGGUGGGCUCGCUCUUCAUCCCCUUCAACCAUCUCUCGUGCAACAUCAGCAAGGUUGCGACGGUGACGGCGCAUUUCGAGUCAUGGCCCCAGCACAAGCCCAUCAUUACCGAUGCCAAGCUCACGGAUCUGGCGUCCAUUCUCCUGCUCGCCAGUCUCCACGACCGACGCAUCCACGUCUCGUCAGUGACCACCAAGGAGGAUAUCCGCCUCAUCGCGCUUAGCAAGAACAAGGGCCUCAAGGACCAGCGGGCGCUCUGGGACCACCUCAGCACGAUUGACGUGUUUGCCGUAGGCAGCCUGCCCUACCAGCUGGCUGCCUCGCAGGGCCACAAGCCUGAUGUGUCGGUUGGCAUUGCCGAGAGCUUGUCCCUGCUCCUGACCUCGGUGGCGGACGGACGGCUUACGAUUGACGAUGUCAAGACCCGGCUCUUUGACAACCCGGUCGAGAUCUUUGAGCUCCACGACCAGCCCGGAUCGUCAAUCGAGGUGGAAAUUGAUCGACCGUACCAGGUUUCCACGGACGGAGCGACGUGGUCUCCCUUCGCCGGCAAGACCCUCAAGGGCAGCAUCCAACGCGUGACGUUUAUGGGCAAGACGCUAUCCAUGGACGGCGAGCUUUUGGAGACACAACCGCUAGGCCAGGACGUGUCGUCCCACAUUCCUCCCUCGCACACGACGGCGGCGGCGUUGCCCAUGUCGCCGGCGGUGAAGCCUCUUCAGCCGUUUGAAUCUCCUCUGGAUCUCGCGGCUCGACGAACGUCGUUCCUGGGGCCUGCGCAGCGACCGUUUGCCCGGCCCAUCAAGGGCCUGGAUGCGGCGGGUCCCGGAUCCUCUCCGGGGCUCAGGCCAGCGGCGGCGUUUGACGAGCUGUCGACGCUAGCUGGACAGCUACACCCGCACCAGCACCUGCACCACGCGUCGCCCCUGUCGGAGCUGAUUUCGCAAGGGUCGGCUUUCAAGAGAUCGCACGUUCUCUCGGUGAAACAAUACUCGCGCAGUGACUUGCACCUCUUGUUCACGGUUGCGCAGGAGAUGCGGCUCGGUGUGCAGCGCGAAGGCGUGUUGAACCUUCUCCGCGGCCGGGUGCUCUGCACUCUGUUCUACGAGCCCUCGACGCGCACGUCGGCGUCUUUUGACGCGGCGAUGCAAAGGCUUGGGGGCCGCACGAUUGCGAUUGCGACGUCGCAGUCGUCUGUCAACAAGGGAGAGACACUCCAGGAUACAUUGAGGACUCUGGGCUGCUACGGUGACGCGAUUGUGCUUCGCCAUCCCGAAGAGACGAGCGCGGACAUUGCGCAAAAGUACUCGUCGGUGCCCGUGAUCAACGGCGGCAACGGUAGCAAGGAGCACCCCACGCAGGCGUUCCUUGACCUGUUUACGAUUCGGGAGGAGAGGGGCACGGUGGAGGGCCUCACGAUUACGUUUGUGGGCGACCUCUUGUACGGACGACCGGUGCACUCUCUCGUGUACCUCCUCCGACACUACCACGUCCGGAUUCAACUGGUGGCGCCGCGGGGCCUUUCUCUCCCGGCCGAGAUCCGCGAACAAUUGGUGGCAGAUGGCCGACUUUUGCGUGAGUCCGAGGUGCUGACGGAGGAGAUCCUCGCGGACAGCGAUGUUCUUUAUUGCACGCGCAUCCAGAAGGAGAGGUUCCCGUCGGUGGAGGACUACAACAAGGUCAAGGGCUCGUACCGCAUCGACAACGCGACGCUCAAGCACGCCAAGCCCGAAACGGUGGUGAUGCACCCUCUGCCAAGGAACGACGAAGUGGCGGAGGAAGUGGACUUUGACCAGCAGAGGGCCGCGUACUUUAGACAGAUGCGGUAUGGCUUGUACUGCCGCAUGGCUCUUUGGCUUUGGUCAUGA